AUGAUUGAUAACGCAACAACAAUCAGCAACCUGUGCUUCCUGACUUUGCCUCUUGUACUCCUGGUGAUUUUAUCACAGGACCAUCCUCGCCAGUGCCCCAUGGCCAAUCAGAUAGCAAAGACUCUUCGUUAUCCGAUUGGGCGAUUCAUGCCCACCCCCAACCCGGCCGAGCCCACCCCCAACCCGGCCGAGCCCACCCCCAACCCGGCCGAGACCACCCCCAACCCGGCCGAGACCACCCCCAACCCGGCCGAGCCCACCCCCAACCCCGCCGAGCCCAACCCCAACCCGGCCGAGCCCACCCCCAACCCCGCCGAGCCCAACCCCAACCCGGCCGAGCCCACCCCCAACCCCGCCGAGACCACCCCCAACCCCGCCGAGACCACGCCCAACCCGGCCGAGCCCACCCCCAACCCGGCCGAGCCCACCCCCAACCCCGCCGAGCCCACCCCCAACCCCGCCGAGACCACGCCCAACCCCGCCGAGACCACGCCCAACCCGGCCGAGCCCACCCCCAACCCGGCCGAGCCCACCCCCAACCCGGCCGAGCCCACCCCGAACCCCGCCAAAAACUGGUCCAGUUGCAAUGCCAGAUAUCAGGUGACCUGUGGCAGCCAUGUCUUUGCUUUUUAA